AUGCUCACACAUCAUAACGCGGAACCAACUUACACUGUACCAUCGCCAACGUCAAGGGCUGCGCGAACGCACAGUGCACACACACGCGACACCCGACAUGGGAAACCGACUGUGUCACGGUCUGGCGUGUACCACGCGCCCUACAAUGACAAGGCUGAACGCACUCAAACGAAAGCAGUCGGCCCCGACCCAAAGAUCAGAAGAGGGAAAGAAGUAUUAGCAGUUUGGAUACCCAGCCGUUCCACUUUCAAUCGUGGAAACUCAACUCAGUCUACAAAAACUUCAUGGGGUCUCAGCGGGCUAUACGAACUCCUUAAUCACGGCCCUCCUGCAUUUGCUGACAGUACCAUGGUCGAACCACCACGAGCCCUGGAGAGGAAGGAAUAG